CUCCCUUGGUCAGCAGGGACGAAACUAAGGUCCCAGGGCGGAUCUCCUUUACUUGGGGACGGCUUCUGGGUCCCAAGGCGUCUCCCCCCGCGGAGGCCCUGAGCUGGCAGCUCUGGCGGUGGCUGCUGGGGCCUACUGCGCGGCGGUCUCAUGCAGCUCCUAUGAGGCCCCUGUCGCCGGUCGGCGAUGUCCGGCUGGAGCUGUCGCCGCCGCCGCCGCUGCCGCUGCCGCUGCCGGCUGUGAGCGGGUCUCCGGUCGGGUCGUCCGGGCGUCUCAUGGCCGCUAGCAGCUCCCUGGUGCCCGACCGGCUGCGCCUGCCGCUCUGCUUCCUCGGCGUCUUUGUCUGCUAUUUCUACUAUGGGAUCCUGCAGGAAAAGAUAACAAGAGGAAAGUAUGGGGAGGGAGCCAAGCAGGAAACAUUCACUUUUGCCUUAACUUUGGUGUUCAUCCAGUGUGUGAUCAAUGCUGUGUUUGCCAAGAUCUUGAUCCAGUUUUUUGACACUGCCAGGGUGGAUCGUACUCGGAGCUGGCUCUAUGCUGCCUGUUCUGUCUCCUAUCUGGGUGCCAUGGUCUCUAGCAACUCAGCACUACAGUUUGUCAACUAUCCAACUCAGGUCCUUGGUAAAUCCUGCAAGCCAAUCCCAGUCAUGCUCCUUGGAGUUACCCUCUUGAAGAAGAAGUACCCAAUGGCCAAGUACCUGUGUGUGUUGCUAAUUGUGGCUGGAGUGGCCCUUUUCAUGUACAAACCCAAGAAAGUAGUUGGGAUGGAAGAACACACAGUUGGCUACGGAGAGCUGCUUCUGUUAUUAUCUCUGACGCUGGAUGGACUGACAGGCGUUUCCCAGGACCACAUGCGGGCUCAUUACCAAACAGGCUCCAACCACAUGAUGUUGAAUAUCAACCUUUGGUCGACAUUAUUGCUGGGAGCUGGAAUCCUGUUCACUGGGGAGCUCUGGGAGUUCUUGAGCUUUGCCGAAAGGUACCCCAACAUCAUCUAUAACAUUCUGCUCUUUGGUCUGACCAGUGCCCUGGGUCAGAGCUUCAUCUUCAUGACAGUUGUGUAUUUUGGCCCCCUGACCUGCUCCAUCAUCACCACAACUCGAAAGUUCUUCACUAUUUUGGCCUCUGUGAUCCUCUUCGCCAAUCCCAUCAGCCCCUUGCAGUGGGUGGGCACCGUGCUUGUGUUCUUGGGUCUCGGUCUCGAUGCCAAGUUUGGGAAAGGAGCCAAGAAGACAUCCCACUAGGAAGAGAGAGACUACCUCCACUUCGAGAAUAUUUAAGUUAUUGUCUCAAAUAUGGACAUCUCUUGGGCAAAUGGACACAAUAGGGAUAAAGGACUGGGUUCCAGUCUGUUUUUGUUUUUUUGUGGGGUUUUUUUUGUUGUUGUUUUUUAAGAAAAGGAAACAAAAAUCACAUAUUCUUUAAAAAGUGCUUGGAUUUUAACAAGACAGAGUUGCCAGUUUCUGUACUAGAUGACCUGGAGCCCAGCCUAAGGCAAACAGAGAAGAGAGAGGAAAGAGGCAGAGCUUGAUACUCUUUGCCCAAGCUCCCUCUCGGAUGUGGGUAACCUGGCUGGGUGGCUAAUCCCUCCCCACCUCCCCCGCCACGAGCCCAGGCAUUGUAGGGAGAAGCUUUAAUAGAUUUGCAGUUGGGCUUGUGGCCUCAGUUCCCACAGGUGGAGGUCCAAAUCUGCCAGGACAGGUGGCUGGCUGCUGAGCCAGAGAAUGUAAAAAUCACUGUAUCUCUUCAAGCUCUGGUGGGCAAAUAUUUCUUUAAAAACUCCAGAUACAGUCUUUCCUCAAGAAACCUCCCUUGAGGUUGGGGGAAAUGAGCCCAGAGCCUCCAAGUCUGCUGUGCUUUCACAUUUCCCAACGGCCUCCUCUUCAGCCAGAGCUCCAGCAAGCUCAGAGUGGAGACCCAGUUGUAUAUAUCAUGAACAGCUUGGGAAGGUCAGUUCCCUCCCUCCAUCCCUGCAUCUGUUCUCAGUCCAUGCAGUCCCCUCCUGGGGAGGCUGUAUUAAUCCUAUUCCCUUGUCCCCUUCAGCUGCUAAAGCAUUGCAGUCCUCUGCUGUCAUGGCUGUGCCAAGGUGUCCCCAGGCCAGCUUCUGCCUGUUGAAAGGGAUGCUGGGGGAAGGCAUGGUGGCUGGGUGCUGGCACAGAGCCUCUGUCAAGUUUCCUGGGUGGCAUCGGGGGGGAAAAGGCGGAGCAUGGAGCAGAGCCACCUGCCCACAGCCGCCUUCAGAGCUGGAAAUCGCAAUCCUCCAUGGACCAAACUUUACACAUGAAAGUGCAUUUCCACCAGCUGCAACUUGCACUCCAUCUGUUCAGCAGCCCCAGCCCCUUGGCUCUCCAGCUGGGAGCCCAGCCUCCUUCCUGAGCGGCUGCCUCGCCAUCCCUCCCCAGGCUUUCAAGCCAGCCUCACUUGCACUCGUUUUGCUCUCUAGGGCCUCUGGUGUUGCUGCAGCCUGCCCCCAAGGCCCCCACUCUUUUCGAACUCCUCCUUGAGAGAAGAGGCUUUAAGUACAUCUGACUGGACUUCCUUCCUUCUCCACCCCUUUCCCCUUUCUGUUUUUUAUAUCCCAAAGUUUGCAGCAAUUAGCUCCUUCUCUUCUGGACUGAUAGUUCUUCCAAACUGUCUUCUGUGGAUUGGAUAGGAGGUUAGAGGGUGUGACCAGUGCUGGAGACAGGCCUGCUCUCCUGGCCAUCGGACGAUCGCAUCCACCUCACCCUUCCCAAGGAACUGUCUCAGAGGUGCCUAAUUGUAGGCACCAAGAGCAAGACAAAAUCUUCAACAGCCCAGCAUCGCUGUCACCUGAUAGCAGAGCUAGUAUAUCCUACCUACUGUGUGCUGAGAGCCUGGCACUGGUGUAUCUGUCCACCCCCGUCUGCCCACCUAACCCAUCCCUCCUGUGUGCCUUGUACUGUGAACUUGCUGGGAGUUCAAAGCUAACUAGGACCAGUACUUCCCCUCUGGGGGGUUCAUAGUCUAAGAGGGAGACAGGUAAACAAAUCAUUGCAUCUCAGAUGCGCAGAGCUAACAACCAAGUGUCUGGGCAAGGCGAGGCUUGAGCUGGAGCGUGUGGGAAGAUGAAAGGAGGAGGAAGUGGAGCCAAGUGGGAAAUGGGCUUUUCAACUGCCUGGCUCCCCCCCCCCCCCCCCCCCCCCCCCACACACACACCAUGCUCUUGCCCUCAGUCAGGUCAAAUGAGAGCAGUGGCUCUGCACUGAGGCAGUUGUUCAGCUCAAAUGGGGGACAGGUGAAGAUGUGGCAUGAGCUGCCAGUAUGUUCACGUGGCACACUUACCUAUAGGAUCUCAGGAACCGAGUGUGCCAAGUUAGACCGCGGUGUAUUGUCCGCGGUGCUCUGUCAUGGCAUAAGGGCUGAUAAAUGUGAAAUACCAGGCAAGUCCCAACAGAAGUAGUGAUCGCUAACCCUGGGCGGCCCAAUGCCUCCGGUUUCUUAAGAUCAAAGGACUUUUCAUCUGUAGUUAAUUCUCAGCUAUGUGUACAAGGGAAGGAGCCGGCACACAAGUUUCCCCAAACACUAUGUUUUUAGUUAGGGGUGUACUGUAUUUAAUGCCUAUUUUGGUCACACCAUCAGGUCAACCUCCUGAGCUGUUGGUCUCAGGCUUGUGGUAAAGCAGUUUGUCCAUAUCCUGGACCCCUAGCAGCCUCGUGUAAGGGGAGUGGCCCACCAGUGUGAUUUGGAGUAAAAACGUGGCGAAAGCUAUUCAGGAAUUAAAUAUUAAAAGAAAGAAA